AUGUCGCACGGUAGUGACAGCAUUGAGUUGGAAGCCUCGGGCAAACAACAGCCUAUUCCUGUGAGCGUUGACGCUUCAGCUAGGCCGCCUGAGGGUUCCAACAUCUACAAUGUUACGCGAACGCCUUUUUGCUUUUUCGUUGACGUAUAUGGCAUUAUGGGAGGCUUCAUCAUCGUCUUUUACGGUGCCAUUUCCCAGGCUGCGUCGUUGGGAGAAAUGGCGUCCAUCCAGCCUGUCGCGGGCGCACAGUAUCACUGGACAUUUUAUAUGGCGCCUCCAUCGUUGAAGCGAUUCGCGACUUGGAUCCAAGGAUGGGCUACAUGGUUUGGCUACGUGUCGCUGUUGGCCGCUAUUGCGAACGUCACUAUCAUCCUCCUCGAGUCGAUGAUCAGCAUCAAUCAUCCCAAUUAUGUCGCCGGGGGAUGGCAUACUUCCGUUCUGGUCAUCGCCAUGUGUUUGGUCCAUGGGCUGAUGAACAUCUACGCCUUCAAGCUUAUUCCAUGGGUCGAGCUUGUCGCUGGUGUUCUACACGUCUGUCUCUUCGUCAUCUUUGUCGUUGUUCUUGUUGUUAUGGGGCCUCGAAACCCUUCGUCCUUCUGGUUGCAGCGCAACAUUUCUUCGGGAUGGGACAAUGAGUACAUCGCAUGGAACCUGGGCAUGCUGACCUGCGUCUGGAGCUUUACUGGCUUCGACAGUGCUAUCCAUAUGUCCGAAGAAACUCGAAAGGCCAAGUCUGCCGUCCCUCGCGCCAUGUUCUGGUCCAUCUUCAUGAACGGCGUGCUCGGCUUCAUUAUGGUCAACGUUCUCAUUUCCGCCAUGGGUUCCGUCGAAGACAUGCUUGAGCAACCCAGUCAGAUCCAGGCCAUCCUUCUCAACGUGACUGGCUCCAACAAAGCCACCACCGCCAUGAUUGCAGGUCUCUUCAUCAUCUCAUUCAGUGUCAACCUUGCCAAUAUUGCUUCUGUCUCUCGUCUGACCUGGGCCUGGUCUCGUGAUGGUGGUAUGCCUGCUUACUUUGCGUAUGUCAGCCCUACUCAUCGCGUACCUACACGCUCUAUCAUCCUCACCGUGUUCCUCGUCUGCGCUCUGAACCUUCUCAACAUUGGCAACACUUCCUACGUUGCUUUCGGUGCCAUUACAUCUCUCUCAUCUCUGGCUCUGUACCUGAGCUACGCUAUCGCCAUUGCCAGUAUUAUCUACGUUCGUCUCUCUGGAUCUACUAUCAAGCUUGGAGAGUGGAACCUUGGUCGUUUCGGCCUUCCUGUCAACAUCUUUGCUCUGAUUUAUACACUCUACGUCAUUAUCUUCCUCCCCUUCCCAUCAACUCUCCCAGUCACUGGUGAGAACAUGAACUACUGUGGUCCGGUCAUGGUAGCCGUCCUGGCUAUCGCUGUUGGGUUAUGGUUUACGCAUGCCAGAAAGCAUUGGAAUGGCCCCAACUUGACCAUUCUUGAGUUUGUUGUUGCCAACGCCUCAGAAUGA